AUGGGCCAUCUCAAUGCUCUAAUGACAUCUCCAAGAGGAAGAUGGUUUACCUUGUUUUUGAAGAUAGUGAUUGUGUUGGAGAUGUUCAUGCUUGCUAGUGCAAAAUCUGAUGAUGAUCCAAUGGGAGAACCUGCGGCAGGAUCACUUUGCAUAAGUGAUUGUGGUACAUGUCCAGUCAUAUGUUCACCACCUCCUCCACCACUCCUGUACUAUCCAUCACCACCAUCCGGCCACCACUCUCCAUCUCCUCACUAUUACUAUCACUCCCCACCCCCACCGCCACGACGGCCUAAAUCGCCACCUCCAUCACCACCUUCAUCACCACCAGCUUAUCAUUCGCCACCGCAGGAACCACAAGCACCUUCAUGGUAUCCUAUAUGGGGCACUCCUCCGCCUCCUGGUUAUUUUUUCAACACUCCUAAUGGGCAAGCCCCCCUACUAAGGGACAUGUUACAAGGCAAGGUUCGGUGCGAGACCGAGUAUGGUAUGUAG